CCCCUCUACCAUCGCAAACCCCCAUGAAAACCCCCUGUCGCCCAAUUCCUCCACCUCCCUCCAAAAAUCACUUUACGCUUCACAUCAAAUUCAUAUAAGAGCAAAAGAGGCGAAAAAAAAGGGCUCAAAUCAAGAACAAAGCUCACAUGACAGCAGAUGAAAUAGCAACAACUUCUAAUUAAACAGAUUCUCGGUGCAAAGGCAGUGGAAAAACCCGGCAAACCUACUCUGACAUAAAAAAACCUUAGCCCUAUUGCUUCUGAAGCUGCUUUUGGACAGCAGUUGAGUCUUGAAACAUCGCCUCCGCCGCUACCAAUACUUGAGUUUUGCUACAUCACUGUCUUUUUUCUAUGGGGAAAAGAAAAGAGGUUGAUACUUGCACUAGUGAUAUGCUGGGGAAUAAUGACAUUGAAGAUGUCCGUUGGCUUUGUUCUUUAUCUGAAUCAGAACUUGAUAUGUUGAUUGCCUUAAAAAUGCUGGCUAUGCGGCGAGCAAAAGUAAUUGGCCAUCCAUCUUUGGCCAAGGAGUUUGACUUGAAAAAGCUCCGACACCUUAGUUUUACAAUGAUGGAGCAUCUUAAAGAACAACUUGAGGAUUUAUCAGCCAGCUCUGACCCUGCAGAAGGUUCAAAGCUUUUAGAUGAAUGCAAUUUAUCCAGGCUUCAUGUCAGUGACAGUUUCUCCUCAAUGAGCAUAGAAGAAUUGGAGGAAUACAUUUGCCCUAAAAAAAGUGAAGUACCAACUCAGGAAAAAGAUAGGAGUAGCAGAGCAGCAGAAAAGUCUUGCGAGGAUGAGUUGCCCACAAAAAAGCGUAGACUUGCAAAGAAAUGGCUGCCAGAGUCUUAGAGGACUCCCACAAAAAGGCAUAGAGCUGCAGAGAAAGGAUCAUCGAAGUAUAUUUGAGCUUGCUCAUGUGGCCUCUUUCAAGUAAAAUGAUGUUUAUAGUACGGCAUACCCACAGUAAAGUGUGAAUUGUCCAAAAGUGCUCGCCGAAUCCGCCUCCCCACCCCCUGUCUAUUACUAAAGAAAGGCAUGAGAUUUGAAAAAUGAAAGAAUGGAUGAAAUUUCAAGGCAAAAGUGUUGGUUUUUAUAGAUUUACAACAUAA